UUUUUUUUUUUUUGACUGGCUGCAAUAAUGCACACAGUGCAAAAAGACACGACCUUAACUAAAAUCUUCGUGGGUGGUCUACCUUAUCACACUACGGACUCAUCCCUUAGGAAAUAUUUCGAGGUAUUUGGGGACAUCGACGAAGCGGUGGUCAUUACGGACAGACAGACUGGCAAGUCUAGGGGCUAUGGAUUUGUGACCAUGUCCGACAGAGCAGCAGCUGACCGAGCCUGCAAAGACCCAAACCCCAUCAUCGAUGGUCGCAAAGCAAAUGUCAACCUUGCUUACCUGGGAGCCAAGCCAAGAAAUCUCCAAAGUGGUUUUACCAUUGGUGUUCAACAGUUGCAUCCAGCCUUCAUUCAGAGACCAUAUGGGUUGACGCCACAAUAUAUCUACCCACCCGCCAUUGUCCAGCCAAGUGUGGUCAUUCCUACACCCAUACAGUCCCUCCAGAAUCCAUACAUUGAGUACAACGCUGCUUCCCAAGCUUACACCCACUACACCACCGCGGCCUAUGAACCGUAUCCGUACGCUGCGUCCCCUGCUGCAGGGUUUGUAGGCUAUGGGUACACGAACGCAGUCCAGCAACCUAUGUCUGCUACCACCACUGGAGCAACCCCUGCCACUUACAUACAAUACCCAGCUCAGCAGCUGCAACUUGACCGUAUGCAGUAAAACAAGGACAAUUUGGAUUUUUGACGGGGUGCGGGGGGGAUUUUUUUUUUCCCCCUACAGCAAACACA